CCUCUCCUUUUCACUGCACAGUGCCAAGAGGAGUCUGCCGCCACGGAGCUCAGCCCCUUGGCCACUUCCCGGAGUUCCUAGAAGUGGAAGAAAGUCAUUUGCUGAGAUGUCGUCACUCAGGAAUUUUCCCCAGGAAAGUCUGGAAGUGGAGAGCUACCGUACGAGGUUCAGUGCCUGGACUCCCUUUAACAACCAGUCCUUAAACAGACAGCUCUUUCAAGAAAGAGUUAAUCUCAUAAGUCACUGGUUUGGCCUCUGGACCAACAAGCAACGGCGGGAAUUCUUAUUCACAAUUCUUUCACAAUGUUCUAGAUCACAACUAAGGUUCAUGCAAGACUGGUUUUCAGAAAGGAAGCAGGUGGCCAGAGUGGAUUUCUCGACAGUGUUACCGCGCUCCCUUUCUCUGUAUAUCUUUUCCUUUCUGAGUCCAAAAGACCUGUGUGCAGCGGCUCAAGUCAGCUGGCCCUGGAAGUUUCUAACAGAACAGGAUUGCUUAUGGAUGCCCAAAUGCACUAAGUUUGGAUGGUUUCUGCCCUAUACGCCAACACAGAAUGAAUACGGAGCUUGGAAGCACCACUACAUUGCUUGCGUAUCCAGCUUGGACUGGCUAACGCCCAGGGAGGCUGCUGCUGUUUAUGGAACACUCAAUGAACCCAAACCAGAAGAUGAGGAGUUCCAGGAGAGGCAAAGAGAGAAGUGCCUGAGGAAAAUAAUUUGGGAGAACAUUGCAUUCCGUAAGAAGGAGUUAUUCAAAGCUCGACCCCCUUGGCUGAGUGGAACGCGCUCCAGGAUACUGGAGUCCUCGAGCCUGCCCCAUGGUCCUCAGAUGGGGAGGGAUGGAGCAGGAUUCUAUGAAGCUUUGGAAAGACAGCUUGUUCUGGCAUCUUUAGAUGCUUUGCCUAAGCGAAGCAAUCUCUCUGGAAGUCACUCUUACCCUUUAUUAUUAAAGAAAAAUCACCAUGGGGUUGGUAGGACUGAUGACAGCUCUUCUGGUGCUUUGCAAACACAUGUCAUCCUAAUAUCAUCGCGGAUUCCUGCCUAUGAGAUGGUGGUGGAGGGUGUGAAGGUGGGUGUCGUGACUGUGCUGUACGAACACAGCGGUGUGACCCUGGAAGGCCUGCUUCAUCUCGUAGACAGAGCUCUGCAAGGACGGAAGGCACAGAGCCUGGGAAUAUUUAGCGGUGGAAACAGCAGAGAAAUUGACUUACUCCAAGGCUAUAAAAUUUGUAUUAAAAAUUUACUGUCGCCUGAAGUGAGGGACUUCUGGGAGAAAUUAGGAAGCUGUGUGGCCACCACAGAAGAAGGGGGACGUGUAGACUUCUUUGUGCCUCUUGGAGCAUCAGAAGCAGGCAUGGAAGUCCUUUCUCAGCUGUCUCAACUAACUGGCACAUUCUUCUCGGCCCCCACCGGAAUUGCGACUGGUUCAUACCAACACAUUUUUAGCGACUGGCUGGGGGCACAGCAGGACAGACCACCUCCUUAUAACUACUUCAGUGAAUCCAAGCUACAGGCAUGGUCCAGCUUUACAGACUCCCUGGAAGACGCCUUGAAAUCCGUGAGGAAGGAGUUACAUCCGCUCUUCAAGAACUUCCAGAAGAGCAUCAGUGGCCAGAUCAUAGGGCAAUUUAUGUUUGACGCUCUGAGUAUGGCCAGCAUUCUUCGUAACCAAGAUGCUGCACAGGCUCUGGCCGAUGGACUGAUGGAGUUGUCAAAAGAAGGGUCUGACAAACCUCUGGAUUUUUUGUCAUCUUUCCUACUGAAGAAAUCUAGAAAAAGGAGUGAGGAAUCUGAAGGAAAUGAUAUUCUGAUAGAAUGUGAUGUAAAAGUAACACCGGGUCCACCUGCAAAGGAAAGAAGUGCCGUAGAAGACAAUUCUCAGGACACAAAGUCAAGUCCAAGCCAAAGCGACCUGAACAUGGAGGUGCUGGUUAAGCUGGAGAGAAAGCUAAAGAUGAACUCAGUAGAGAAACGAACCCACGUUGUGAGGGAGCUUGUACAGAGCGAGAGACGGUAUGUGCAGAUGCUGGGAAUCGUGAGGGACGUGUAUGCCAGGCCCCUGAGGGCAGCGCUCUCCUCAAACAGAGCUAUUCUGAGUGCUGCCAACAUACACAUCAUUUUCUCUGAUAUUCUGCGCAUCCUAGAACUCAACAGAGAAUUUCUAGAUAAUCUACGAGACAGACUACAGGAAUGGAGCCCAGCCCACUGUGUGGGAGAAAUAUUCAUGAAGUUUGGAAGGCAGUUGAACACAUAUACCAAUUUCUUCAACAACUAUCCAGUUGUUCUGAAAACCAUCGAGAAGUGCAGAGAAAUGACCCCAGCAUUCCGAGCUUUCUUGAAGAGGCAUGAUAAGACCAUUGUUACCAGAAUGCUGAGCCUGCCAGAGCUGCUUCUGUGUCCAUCCCGGAGAUUUGGAGAAUAUAUUCACCUUCUCUAUGCUCUGAGACUCCAUACUCCCGCAGGACAUACAGACCGUGGGGACCUGACCACUGCAAUUGAUCAAAUCAAGAAAUAUGAAGACUACAUAGAGCAGAUAAAGGAAAACAUCAACAUGAAAGAACAGCUGUCCGACGUACAGAUGAUCAUCUCGGGGUGCCCUACCCUAUCAGGAGUAAACAGAUACCUGAUUAGGAUCCAAGAUGUAGUUCAACUUCAUUGCUGUAGUGAGACAAUGGACUUCUCUUUAAGGCUCUACGAAGAGACCCGAGACCUCAGCCUCUUCCUUUUCAAUGAUGCACUGCUUGUUACCAGCCGGGGCACAGCUCAUACUCCAUUUGAAAGGACUUCUAAAACAAUCUACCAGUUCAGUGCAUCAGUGGCCCUUCCCAGGAUGCUCAUAGAAGACAUUCCAGACUCCAAAUAUGUUAAGAAUGCAUUCAUUCUUCAAGGUCCAAAACGUGAAUGGAUCUGUGCUACUGAGGAGGCGGAUGAUAAAUUCCUUUGGUUGUCUGUACUCCAAAGUGCAAUCAGAAGCAGUAUGAAGUAAGACUAGAUUCAAAACAGACAAGAAGGUCCUUGGAAGUUCAUAUACCAUGUUUUCUGCUUCAAAACAUCUAAUGAGAAACACAGAGGGAUCAGUCAUGGGUGCUGAGGAGAUGGAUGAGCUAGGACCAUCUGUGAGGUUCCUUCCAACUUUUAAAAUGUAUGAUGAAGCUAUGUGGGGAGUAUAAGAACAAGUCUAUAAUUUUGAACCACAUCUUUUGGUAGCUACUGUUCAAAGGCAUUAUUUUAAACACUUUGACACAAAGAGCAAUGAGAAAAAAAGUGUAGGUUUCUAAAGAUGAGUAAUGAAAAAUCCGAAUGAACGCUUCUUUCAUGAGCAUUCUAGAAAAAUACUUGAAUUUUGGGAUUCACCAACUUUUUCAUGAAGCAAUUAAUGACUUUAAGGAUAUAUCUGAGAAAUAGAAAUAGCAGCUUUCUCAAGUACUUGUCAAACAAUGUGAAAGUGCCUUUUUUAAAGGCACUAGAAUAUGCCAUUUCAAAGUACUAAAAAGUUUGGUGAGUUUUGUUUGUUUUCUAUAAUUCUUACUUUUUGCUUUAA